UUUUAUGGUCAGGGGUGUUUGAGACUAAACGCUUGCAUUUGGUCAAAUGGGAUAUUGUGAAGACUCCAAUCACUAGAGGCGGUUUGGGAGUCUUGGAUCUCAGGAGUAUGAACAGAGCCUUGUUGGGGAAAUGGGCUUGGAGAUUUGGAGUUGAGAGAAAUUCGUGGUGGAGGAGGUUGAUUGUUGCAAAGUGUGGUAAGGGUAGGUCCGAGUGGAGACCAUGUUGGAAUUUGGGUACAUAUGGUUGUUCUUUGUGGCGGGCAAUUGUUAACGAAAGCUCUUAAUUUUGGAAGGUUGCCUAUGUCGAUCCUGGUGGGGGUUAUGGGGUAUCUUUUUGGUAUGAUUCUUGGGUUCCUGGGAAACUUUUGGUGAGUGAUUUUCCAAGGGUUGGGUCAGUUGCCCAAUCCUUGGAUGCUUUUGUUUCUGACGUGUUUUCUAUGGUUGAUAGGUCUUGGGAGAUUCCUCUCUCUGUCUCUCUUAGGCGAGGCGCUGAAGCAGAACGUGUCCUAUUGAUGCAAACUUUGAGUGAUCUUCCGCAACUAUGGAUCACCACAGGACCUGCACGCUUGGUGUGGCCUUUGGAGUCCUCUGAGGUCUUUUCCGUGCAUUCGUUCGCUGCAAACCUUAUUGAGAAUAACUUUGGGGGUGACGUUGCUUUUCCUUUCAAGUUAGUUUGGAUUCCUGUCGUGCCCUCAAAGAUAUGUUGCUUCAUGUGGAUGGUCUAUCAUGGAAAUAUUUCUACUUUGGACAACUUGAAAAGAAGAGGGAUGAUUCUUCCGAAUUGGUGCAUUCUUUGCAAAUGCCAUGAGGAGUCGAUCUCACAUAUCUUCUACUUAUGCCCAUUUGCGGUUUCGAUUUGGGAAAGCUUCAAAAAGGGAUUUGAUCUUCAUGGCCCUUACCCUCCUUCCACUCGUGAUUUUCUCAUUGCUUGGCGAGGCUUGUGGUGUGAUCAACGGUUUAGUGAAUGCAUUAAGUUGUUGCCCCAUGCAGUACUUUGGUUCAUCUGGUUGGAGAGAAACAAUAGAAUUUUUAGAGAUGUUGAUUCCUCCCCACAAGAGAUUGGGAACAAGAUUGUUCGUAUGAUCGGACGGUGGCUAAGAGUUCGUAGUCGGAUCUCAGAUGGACUAUUUCACGAGUGGGUGACGACCGGGACAAAGCACCUUAUUUGAUCUUCGUUCUCUUUAUGUUUUGUUUCGUUUUGCUGUUUUGCUUUUUCUCUCUCUCUCUCUCUCUGUUCUAAAUGCUUUUUUUAUUUUUAUUUUUAUUGUCGCUAGCUUGCUCUACUAUUGGUUGAGCUGCUAGCAAUUUUUUUCUAAUAAAAUUUUUUCAU